CCUGAAAGAACCAGGGUCUUACAAUGAAAGUUAUGGUUGGAAGCGCAGGAUGAAGAUGAAAAUGGCCAACUACAGGACCCAACUUAAGGCACACGGUACAUCUGCUGAGGUCACAGUGAAUUCUUUGAAAUCCAAGUCUCAAGGGGACUCCUACCCAGCAAAGAAUGUCAAGAGACCUAGACGAGCUGAGGCCAAUCAUUUUCCAUCUUUGCCAAGUGGUGAGACUACAGGAAGCCUGGAACAAGAGAGGGUUUCUCUUUUGACUGAACUACAGAAAAAAAACAACCGUCAAACAAUAAAAGAAAAGAUGGCAAAGACGUUUGGAUACCGUAGACAAGAAAUAGUGCAUAAGCAGCCGAGCAUUGAAGACAUGUUGGAAAGAUGGCCAGCACUUUUUCAGAUGGAUGAGAUUAAUGCUGAGUUCAUGCGGGUGACAACAGUUCCCUUGGAGACAAAGUUCUUAGCGCAGUUGGACAAGCACACGUCGAAACUGCUGGAGGUCAUCAGGAGCAAGGGAGGACGUGUGAAAGAGCAGACCAAGGCAACUUUGCAGGUUUUAGAUGAGACUGUGGACAUCACAAUUAGAAGAGAGUGCAUCUUCAAAUCUUUGAUGAUCUACCUGGGUGAACCUGUUCAUCACCUCAUUAAAGAAUGCCAGGAUAUGCAGGAAAAUGAAGCAGCCAUGGCAAUCGUCAGUGGAAACGAGGACAUUAAAAUCUUCAUUGACGGAACAGAGGUCCUCAGAGAGGUGCCCACAAUAGCAACGGCUGUUGCUAUGUUCUUCGGACUCACCUACGCUCUCAACAUAAAAUAUCCAAAAAAUCUGCAGUACACCCUUGAGUUUGUGCAAAAAGUCCUGAUGGAGCUUGGUGGGAAAAAGAUGUCCCCAAAAAUUCAUGGGCUGAAUACCCAGCUUUACAGCCAAGAGUAGGCACAGUUGAGUUCCACUCCAACCAAGACUUUGUACCUUUUUUAUCUGAGGUUGUUGUUUGAAACUUACACUAGCAUAACUGCAUUUCUGCUGCAUUAUUGUAAAAAGAAUCUGCCUAAGUUUUCACAGGCAUUAGAGGGCAUUGUGCUGAAAAUUUACCCUUUUAUCUGAGGUUGUUGUUUGAAAUUUACACUAGCAUAACUGCAUUUCUGCUGCAGUAUUGACAAAAUAAUCUGCCUAAGUUUUCACAGGCACUAGUGGGCAUUGUGAUGAAAACCUGGAGAGCACUGAUUUGUUUAUUACACUUUUUAUUUCAAGGAAUUAUUCCUUGAUGGAAUGGUCACUGUUCAGGGAAAAAAAAAAAAAAAAGCCCAAAUGCUGUUUGU